CAACUGACUAACUUGUUUGCUAAAACAAAUAUCUUUCACGAGCCCAAAAAUGAAAUUGACUAUUGUCUUUGCUUGUCUCUUGGCUUUGGCCGCUUCCGAGGACAAACCAAAAGCUGAAAAUGAGGACAUUCAAGUCUCCCCUGCCGAUCAGGACGUCGCCGAUUGGCGUCACUACGGAUAUUUCGGUGGACACGGCGGAUAUUGGAGAGGACGUCGAUCCGCCGAGGAGACCAGCAAACGGGAAGAAGCGGCCGCGGCCGUUGAAGUUUCUGCCGACCAGGAAGCCGACAAAAUGUACGGCCGUCGUUACUACGGCUACUACGGUUUUCCUUACGGCAGUUAUCAUAAUAUAUUGUUUUUCUGCUCCUAGAGCCUGGUUUAGUCAAGUAAUGUUUCCACGUUUUCGUACAUUAAGAUUAGCUAGCAACUGUGGUAUUUUUUGGCAGUGAAUUUCUGGUGCUGGGCGGUGAAUUAGGACGGACUUGGCUUUUUUGAUGGCCUCUUCUACAGAUGAUACUUCUCUUCCUACAGCUAGGUCCGCCUCUUUUAUCCACUUUAUGAUUGAAGGAGUUGAGGUAGUUGUGUCCUGUCCUUAGUCGGUAUAACGGUAAUCACUCUAUUCUUGUAGUGGAGUAAUUCGUUUGUCCGGUUUUGUGCAUUGCCUAAAUACAAGUUUUUUGGCAUGUUUGGUCUCCCUCAUAACGUCAGCCUACACCUAUCGAGAGGGGGUGAUCACCCCAACAGACCCUAAAGACAAAGAGGGGGAAAUUU